CCUUGCUGUUAUGGUAGGAGGAAGCAGCAAAACAAGAUGAGAUCUCCCUCUGGACUGUUUAUUGAUCUAAUGCGGCCUGUGAACACAUGCCAAUAAUUGGAAGACAAACACGCUUACUGUUGUGCAAGUGGCAGGCUAAGGGGCAAACACAUAUGGAUAUGCCAAUGGCAGGGGUCUCAAACUCAAUUCACCUGGGGGCCACUGGAUGCAGAGUCCAGGUCCUGCUUUUGAAUCCAAAUUCUAUUUGGCCUGUCUGAGUCCUUCAGAGAUCACCUGCAGCACCAAUCCAUCUUCCACCGUCUUCCUUCUGAUCAGACAUGCCUCCACCAUUAGGAGGCCCUGCAGGAUACACCCCUCCUGAGGGGGGCUGGGGUUGGGCGGUGGUAGUGGGGGCCUUCAUCUCCAUUGGCUUCUCCUAUGCUUUCCCCAAAUCUAUAACGGUCUUCUUCAAAGACAUCGAGGUGAUCUUUGACGCCACGCCCAGCCAGGUGUCAUGGAUCUCAUCCAUCAUGUUGGCUGUCAUGUAUGCAGGAGGUCCAAUCAGCAGCAUCCUGGUAAACAGGUUUGGCAGUCGACCAAUCAUGUUCCUGGGUGGCUGUCUGGCAGGGUCAGGAUUGGUGGCCUCCUCCUUCUGCAACACUGUGCCGCAGCUCUACUUCUUCAUUGGCGUUGUGGGAGGUUUGGGAUUGGCGUUCAACUUGAAUCCGGCCCUCACUAUGAUCGGGAAGUACUUUUACAAGCGCCGGCCCAUUGCCAACGGCAUCGCCAUGGCCGGCAGCCCCGUCUUCCUGUCCACCCUGGCUCCCCUCAACUCAUGGCUCUAUGACCAGUUUGGGUGGAGGGGCAGCUUCCUCAUCCUGGGCGGUCUUCUGCUCAAUUGCUGCGUGGCGGGAUCGCUCAUGCGGCCCAUCGGACCCAAACCUCAGUCCGCCAAGCCUAACGCCGAGGUAGGAGCCGCCGGCGACUCCGUGCAGGCGCAGCCCAAGAAGACGGUCCUGCAGACCAUCAACUCCUUUAUCGACCUGACGCUGUUCAAACAUCGCGGCUUCCUGCUGUACCUGAUGGGCAACGUGGUCAUGUUCUUCGGCCUCUUCGCUCCGCUCGUCUUCCUCUCCAACUUCGCUAAGAGCAAAGACAUCAGCAAGGAGAAGGCGGCUUUCCUGCUGUCAGUUCUGGCCUUCGUGGACAUGUUCGCCCGGCCCUCCAUGGGCCUGCUGGCUAACACCAAGUGGGUCCGACCCAGAGUGCAGUACUUCUUUGCCGGCGCCGUCCUCUACAACGGCGUGUGCCACGUGCUGGCGCCCCUUUCCACCGACUACACGGGAUUUGUGGUGUACGCCAUCUUCUUUGGCUUUGCCUUCGGCUGGCUGAGCUCUGUGCUGUUCGAGACUCUGAUGGACUUGGUGGGGGCGCAGAGAUUCUCCUCAGCCGUGGGCCUGGUCACCAUCGUGGAGUGUGCACCUGUGCUGCUGGGUCCGCCGCUAACAGGAAGCUUCUACAACUACUACCACCACUACGACUACACCUACAUCUCCUCUGGCAUCAUCCUCAUCAUCGCCAGCAUCAUCCUCUUCGUGGGAAUGGGCAUCAACUACAAACUUUUGGACCGAGAGAAAAAGAAGGAAGCCAAUAAGGAGCCCAAGGAGGAGCGCGCCGCCAUGCUGGCGCCUGCCUCGCCUGCAAAGGAAAACGAUGCCGUCAAGGUAGAGCAGGAUUCCAAGAUGGACGAGAACACGGUUUAGGACAAGAAGACCGACUUAUAGAGCACCACACUAACAUCUUAGUUUCUUUGUUUUUCAAUUGAUGUGCCUGUGGGCAGCGAACACCGCCUGCCAACACAGCUUCUAGUUGCUUGAUAAGGUUGGUACUCUCAGGGUCUCCAGUUGCCAUGAGGCACCACACACACAUUCUUACCCCUCACUCCUUUGAGGGCUGGACAUUGCUCAUAGCACACCGUUGUUGUCCAUGUCAUUUAUGCACAAGAACAAAAGGAGGAACGCACUGAUUGUAAAAUUGAACAAAUUCUGUCUAAUACAUGAAAAAAUGCACAGUAGUGUACAUUCAAUAAUCACUUGAAGGAAAGAUUAGUGUAGCUCAUCAGGGUUAAGGCCACUUUAUUGUGGUGCACCGUGUAGUUUUGUCGCAAUGUGUCGAUCAAAAUAGAAACUAAAAACAAUAUGGACGAGACCACUCAGUAUUAAAUGACGCAAUUAGGACAGUGUGUGUGUGCGUGCGUGCGUGCGUGUGCGUGUGUUGCACACCCAACCAGCUGUGCUGCCAAAAUAGAACUUUAACUCCCCUUCUAUCACAGAAACAUAUAUUUUUGCAGUUUUUACAUGUUAGACGUCAAUGAACUGUGAAUAGUGGUAAGUUAGUAUUAGUUUUUUUUGUAUGUUGCCAAUCUGAGUUCAAAUGUGGGAUGAAAGUGUGUGUGUGUGUGUGUGUGUGUGUGUGUGUGUGUGUGUGUGUGUGUGUGUGUGUGUGUGUGUGUGUGUGUGUGUGUGAGAGUGUGCGUGUGUGUGUGCGCGCGUGUGUUUUGAAACAUUUCAUGCAGUGUACCACUGCACAAUGUGUGCUCUCAUCACAGUUUGAAAGGCUGUGGCAGAUGUUUUGUUGUUUAAGUAUGAAGUACACAACUUUAAAGGAGAGAUUUACCAGCAUAUUGUCUAUUUUUUUAUGGACAUAAACCACAGUUUUAAUCCUUUUAAAACUCAUGCACAUAUUUUUUAAUGACACAUGACCCUGCUGUCUUAGAAAUAUAUGCUUUAGAGUCCUGUCUGCAAAGUGUUUUUCGAUUUUAAGCACGUAAAAAUUUAUUAUUAUUCAACAGUAAUGCUGUAUUAACAAUGUUAUUUUCUAUUUGCAGGACUAACUUUAGAAAAAGUUUUUUUCUUUUUUUUUGCGCCUCCUGUACGUUGUGGUGUAAGACUACCCUCUACUGGACAUAUGCUGCAAUGUCUAUCCUUGUUUAUUAUGAACCAACACUAACCAAGUAAAGCAAAAUGUCACUUGAGACAAAAAAACAUGUGAAAAGUGCAUCCCCUGCUAUUCUUCCAGCAUUCUUAUUCAUUCACAGUAUUUUGAUCCUCAGACAAAAUUCAAGAGAGGGAGAAGACUUAAGUGGGAAGAAAACUUUUUAAUUGUACAAUUUGAAUGUUUCGAUGUCUUUGUUUGAGUUGUGUCAAAAGAAAAAAGUUUUUGGGCAAAUUAUAAGCAAUGUUCUACAGACGUGGGAGACUUCAUGAUAAGUGAUGGAAGGAAUUAUUAAAGAUUUCUAAAAUAAA